UCGUGAUCGUGAGAUGGACCUGAUCUUUCAGCAAAACGGAUCGCAAAACUUGCUCGUUGGGAUCCGUGAAACGAUCAUAUUUACGCAUCAACAGGAUGCCAAGAACAAAGUUUCGAUUGCGAUAACACGAGAACUUCUUUUUAAUUUUGAAGAUGAUCUGUAGGGUCGCCUGGCAAUAAGUAUCAGUAUGAGAGAAGAGGUCUGAGGGGUCGAUCCGUAUCCAAACCGUAUAAUCUUGUAGUUCAAUCAUGUUUGUACUAAAAUGAAAAACCGCCAAUACAUAGAAGUAUGUAGUUAAUGAGAAUCUUUCAACAUAGCGACGUAGUUCUAUUCAUCUUCAUUUUUGCGGAAUCCGUACUCUAUUUUUCUGGUGUCCUCACAUAAUCCCGCUCGACUGUUUCUUGUCUUUUCCUUCCACUCUAACUCAGUGAUGUUUCUGAUUGUGGUUUCAUGUCUUUAAGCCGCGACGAAUAGAAAGAACUUGUUCACAAGCAUCGCGACUAGUCAUUCUGGCACUUAAGUAUCUCACGUUGACUUAACUCGUUACCUGUUCUCACAAGCACUAUUGAGGGAGCGAAUAGUUGAGGGUUUCUUUGUGAAAAAAAUGGUGCCACAGACAGCAGAAGUGGACAAGGAACUGUUCACGAAGGCUGGCUUCGUUGCUCUAGCGGAAGGCUCGUGGUACAACAGUAAAACCAACGUUUUUUUCGAUGGAAAGGCGUUUUUCGUAAUACCAUCAAGUGACCCUUCAACACAGGAUGGCGCGGCAGCAAGUACAACGACAUCAUCAAGCGGCGGUGCUGCACCAGAUCUUACCAGCUUUUAAGGCCCAUGCUUUGUCCUGAUCACUGUUUAUUUUGAACUUCUAGAAGGUAAGCAAAACCUAGCUGCAUAGGUGUCCACAUUGUUGUUUAACUAGAGGUCUAAAUCCUUUCGAAAUGCCGAGCUUAUGAAGGGGGUGUUGUAAUUUUAUCCUUUUCUAACUUCAACGUCAGACUCACACGCAAUUGCGACUUGACGACACAACGACAGACCGAUUGGGUUUUGCCGCUGACUUCACCUUCAUGCAAGGACGCAGGCCUAAGCAGGAAGACCGUCAUUUAAUAGUGCGAGAUCUGAAGCACACUGCGCGAUGUAUCUUUGGACAACCAAAAGCACCUUCGCCAGCGCCAGCCGAUGAAAUAGUGGUUGUAAAAAACGUAGGACAAGAGGAGAGUAAGAAGCUAGCAGAAACAAAGAACGAUGACGACCUUAUUAAGAUAAAAGACACUAGUUCUAGAGAGACCGACACCAAUGGGGCGCGAAGGCCUAGCGGAGGGGGACCUGAGAAUGGUGGCGCAGAAGAAAGUAGACGUCUUUCUUCAGCGAGUGGAGAUUCCAAAAAGCCUAAGGAAAGAGGAGAAGACGCAACGGAACAGGAUCCCUUGCCAGCUAAAAAAGAGCACGAAGGACGUAAUGCGAAUCCAGAUGCUUCUCCUCCUGCGGCUCCAUUGCCUCCACCAGGACCUUUGGACCACUUUCCAUCCCCAUGCGCUUUAUUCGGCGUCUUUGAUGGUCAUCAGGGCGCUGUUUGUUCCGAACAAAUAGCGAAACGUUUCGUACUCCGGCUCGUGCCAGAACUUGCCUCUUAUCUUAUGUUCACGAGUAUAGCUUCAACUUGACGUCAUAAUUGUAGUUCGUUAAGGUUGGUGUCCCAAAAAAUUGAAGUCCGCUGUGAAUGUGAUGAUAUCGAUCACCUUCGAAAGAGAUUCAAGUCGAACUAUCUAUUUCCUGCUUCAUAUACAAGGGAGAUUGGUCCGACCAAAGAAUACGAGCUGCCUUGGCUCGUGUGUGUGAGGCCUUGGAUGCAGAAUUCUUGGCGAAAUUUCGGACAGUUCCAGACGGCGCUACCGCUGUGGUUUCUCUCCUGCUUGGCACCCGACUGGUCACUCUCUGGGUAGGCGACUCUCGCGCGGUUAUGAUGAGGAAAGUAACUGCGGAGGAGCAACAAGAAGUGGGAGAAGACAAGGAACCGGGUAAAGAGGGAGACGAAAAGAGUAAGGAUCAUUCAACAAACAACUCCAAGGGAGCAAGACCCUAUUUCCGAUGCGAACCCUUGACUAAGGACCACAAUGCCGAGGACAAGCGUGAGCAAGAACGGGUAAAACGAGCAGGUGGAAAAAUCAUCGAUCUAGGCGGCUGUAUGCGAGUUGCGCAUCAAGAUUUCGAAGAGAAGGUGCCCACUUAAUAGUUAAGUUUUUGAUGUUGAUGACGAGUAAUAUCUUGUCCCUCACAAUAGACCUUAAUAAGGGAAAAUACUUACUGGAACGCCACAUUAUCUCGUAUGGUGCAGACGCUGUGAGCCUUAUCCACAUGCACUGUAUCCGUUUUUACCUAACCAUGGCGUCAUGCUGGAUUUUUGUCCAGAGUCAAACCUUUAAAAAACAGGCACGUCGUAUGAAGAAGCAGCGACAGUUAGGCCUCAGCGGACAGGAACGGGAGCCGGUUGCACUAGCAGUCUCGCGCUCAUUUGGUGACAGAGAUUUCAAAAUAAAGUUAAGGCUUUUACUAGAUUGAUUAGUUUCCUCGAUAUCGAUUCCCCGUUCUUCAUCAAGCAAAAUGUGUAAAGUAGCAACACAUGAUGAUUGCCGCAGAAAACUGUUCUCUUUUUCUAAUACGAAGCAAAAAUACUCCGGCUCCCCUGAUCAUCGCUACUCCUGAUGUGUCAAUUCGCAGUGUGAAUCCUGGUGACGCUGUGCUGCUCUCUUGCGAUGGUGUCUUCGACGUAUUAUCAAACGAGGAAGUCGUCCGCAUGUUGUCGAAGUUUUCUGCCUCAUCUGAAGGCCCGCGCUCUGCCUGUGCGGCUAUAGUAAACGAGGCUUUCAGGCGGAAAAGCCAAGAUAAUCUGACGUGUAUUGCCGUAUACUUCCAAAAAGCUGAGGAUGAGGAGGAGAAAAGGAAAAAAGCACUUCGUGAAGAAGAAAAGUCCAAGGCCGCCGAAGGAGCAAGGCCAUCAUCCACGUCUCCCAAGAAACCAGAGACCCAAAGAACUCAGAGAACUACCCAGAGGGUUGCAGCGGAAAACUUCCUCUUCAGUAAAAGUGCACAACGAUCUGCCAGAGAGAGAGAGGACGGUGCUAGUGGUACCCAGAAACGCGAACGGCUGACCGUAAACUUGGUCGAAGAAGAGAAUUCUCCAAAACGCAUGAGAAGAGAUGAGGAAUACGAGGACAGGACGAGGUGAACUACAGUCAAUGGAGAAGAACAAGGGAUCGAUGGAGCAGGUGCCUAAAAGUCGCUGCUAGUUUGUACAUGCAUCUCGCUAAUCAUGUACUUAUAUUAUACCGCCACAUUUCUUACCUGUGGUCCUCUAGUACUAUCACUUGAGUAUCAAGUGGAUGUGGACGACUGCUACAACCGAUAUAGUUUUUGUGUCUCUUUGCACAGAUAUUCGAGCCGUACAUUCGGCACCAUCCUUAAGAACGCCUACUCUCACCACAAUAUUACCAAGGAAAGGAAUCCCCUAAAAUAUCGAUCCUGAUUGUCGAAAAACAAUCGCGAUACUCUGAAAUGGUGACUAUACAGAACAAACACAACGGCCCUACAACUAAUAGGAUUGGCUUAAAUUUAGAUGGAAAGAUAUUGAGUCUGUGGUAGGCUGCCUCGG